AUGGUCGAGGGUUGCGUCAAGAAUCCCCUCCAGACACCCACAACGAGAAAAUCAGCUCCUUUGGUCGCAACAGCACCUGAAUUUGUUCCUCUUUCCGCUCAAAAGAACGAGAAACAAGCUCAGAAUCAAGAAAACUUGAAGUCAAAGUCUUCCUCCAGCCUUCCCGCCGCCAGCACCAAAAAGUACGCGCCUGUCUUUGCCAAGAAGGUUGUGCCCGUUGUCUCUCCCGAACCCACAUUCGUCAUUUCACUCAAGCCAGACCCGAACGCGAGCGUGGAAGAGAGCCUAAGGACAGUAGCUGAAUACAACCGGAAAUACCCAAACAGUGCUCGAGCCCAGAUCUACGCUCAAAUGCUUGGACCUGAAACCGUAUUGCCUCCUAUCCGGGAGCCCAAGCCUACUCCCCAGAAGCCCAAGCCUGCCCCUCAGAACACCAAGCCCAACUUUCUCCGCGCGUUGCAAGACCCCGCUAUUGCCGACAAAGUUGGUCUUUCACUUUCAGACCCUCAGAACCCUUACACCUCGAAGAAUCAGUCCAAUUCCAAGAAAGCGGGAAGAAGACUCGUGGACGUAUGGUUUUCAAAUCAUUCGCGCCCCGACGAACAAUCUACUACUCCCAUGAUGGAUGACUCGGACGAAUCUGACCCCUACUCUCCAGGUCCGGUACCCUUCGAUAUUCAGACUCUUCCCAUUGUCAAUAAACCCCAGAUUCGUCUGAAUCCGGCGGAAGCUGGAAGGAAAGUAGUCGAUCAAUGGCUUCCAAACGUUCCCCACCCCAAAGAAGAACGGGUGAUUUGUAUGCAUGAUAGCCGGGAAGAUCGAGAGUCGCAAAUUGAGCUUGCCAACCAGCCCAAUAGCCUGCCAGCUUCAUCCAUCAACCCCCUCGUGUCACAGAACGAGGAAGCAAAUGGCGGUCGAUACAUCCAAGCCUUCCAGAAGUGGUGA